AUGGCCGAUAACUGGAAAACUCAAACGCUCUCACUUGUAGCGGGCUUUCUUGUUGAACCGAGCAGAUAUCGCUUCAAUCCAUGCAAGAACCCAUACGAGCCAUGGCUCUCGACAGUUUGGGCUUGGGAUUCUUUUUGCCCGAAGACCUCAGAGGGAACACUUUUACCAGAACACCUGAAAGGAACACAGUUGCGUGACGUGCGGAGCAUUACGGCCAAUCUAUCGGCCUUUGCGGCACUACGUGGGGAUGGCACAGUCGUGACCUGGGGUGACUGCUACGCGGGUGGCAACAGCAGCCGGGUUCAGUCGAAGCUCCAGAACGUGCGGCAGAUUCAAGCGACCGACAAGGCUUUCGCGGCCAUCGUUGGCAACGGUGAGGUGGUGGCCUGGGGCCAUCCAGACUACGGCGGGGACUGCAGCUCUGUGCAAGACAUGCUGAAACAGCGCCUGACAUAG